CGUAGGAGGAGACCCUUAGUAACAAACCUGGCUUUAAAAUGUAACCUGGAGCGGGGGAGUUUUCCUAGCUUAGCUCGGGCAGAGAUUUCUUCCCCAGCCCCCAUCCUGGAUUAUAACCAUGAGAGAGCUGGUCAACAUUCCACUUGUACACAUCCUUGCCCUGGCUGCCUUCAGCCUGGCCGAGAAACUUCCAAAAGCUCCUAUCAUCACCACUCCUCUUGAAACAGUGGAUGCAUUAGUUGAAGAAGUGGCCACCUUCAUGUGUGCAGUAGAGUCCUAUCCUCAGCCUGAGAUUGUCUGGACUCGUAAUAAAAUUCUCAUUAAACUAUUUGAUACUCGAUAUAGCAUUAGAGAGAAUGGACAGCUUCUAACUAUUCUGAGUGUGGAAGACAGUGAUGAUGGUAUAUACUGCUGUACUGCUAAUAAUGGAGUAGGAGUUGCUGCUGAGAGUUGUGGGGCCUUGCAAGUAAAAAUGAAGCCUAAAAUAACACGUCCUCCUAUCAAUGUAAAAAUAAUAGAGGGGUUAAAGGCAGUCUUGCCAUGUACUACAAUGGGUAAUCCCAAACCUUCAGUAUCAUGGAUCAAAGGAGACACCAUACUCAGGGAAAAUGCUCGAAUUGCAAUUCUUGAAUCUGGGAGUUUAAGGAUUCAUAAUGUUCAAAGGGAAGAUGCAGGACAUUACAGAUGUGUGGCCAAAAAUAGCCUUGGGACAGCAUAUUCCAAACUAGUCAUGCUGGAAGUAGAAGUGUUUGCCAGAAUUCUGCGGGCUCCUGAAUCCCACAAUGUCACCUUUGGCUCUGUAGUGACCCUACGCUGUACUGCAACAGGCAUUCCAGUUCCUACUAUCACAUGGCUUGAAAAUGGAAAUGCUGUGUCUGCUGGGUCCAUUCUAGAAAGUGUGAAAGACCGAGUGAUUGAUUCCCAGCUGCAGCUGUUGAUCACCAAGCCAGGCCUGUUCACUUGCAUAGCUACUAACAAGCAUGGGGAGAAAUUCAGCACUGUGAAGGCUGCAGCCACCAUCAGCAUAUCAGAAUGGGGUAAACUACACCAAGAAGAGCCAGGUUACUGUAGUACCUACAGAGGGGAGAUUUGCAAUGCUGUCUUGGCAAAGGAUGCCCUUGUUUUCUAUAACACCUCCUAUGGGGACCCAGAGGACACCCAAGAACAUCUUGUCCAAACUAUCUGGAGUGACUUAAAGGAACUGAGUUCACUCUGUCGGCCCCCGAUGGAGUCUCUGAUCUGUAACUACAUCUUUCAGAAGUGUAACCCUGAUGGAUUUAUGCCAACUCCUAAAUCUUUAUGCAGAGAGCACUGCCUGGCUGUAAAGGAUCUAUUCUGCACAAAGGAGUGGUUGACACUGGAAGAAAAAUCCCACAAAGGCCUGUAUAAAUCUGGAUUGCAUCUGUUGACCUUGCCUGAAUGUACCAAGCUUCCCAGCAUGCACAGGGAGCCUAUGGCUUGUACAAAAGUGCCACAUUUAGCAACUUGCUAUCAGAACAAGGGAAGAUUGUACCAAGGUACCAUAAAUGUCACAGUAUCAGGCAUUCCUUGUCAGAAAUGGAGUGAACAGGCCCCCCAAGUACACAGAAAGACACCUCAGAUGUUCCCUGAGCUAUCAAAUGCAGAGAAUUAUUGCCGAAAUCCAGGAGGAGAAAGGGAACGGCCCUGGUGUUUCACAAAGGACCGAGCUGUAAGAUGGGAAUACUGUGCUGUACCUCUCUGCACCAAUGUCUUCCCAAUGGUAACAGUCAAGCCAAGUGCAGACAUUCCAGAUCGGUCUUCUUCCUCAUCUGCAUUUUCGCCCACCUACUCAAUGACUGUCAUCAUUGCCAUAAUCUCCAGUUUUGCAGUGAUUGGUUUUCUCACCAUGACUGUUCUCCUUUGCUGUCGCAGAAGGCGAAGACAGUGGAAAAAUAAGAAGAGGGAAUCUGCAACCCCCACACUCACGACUCUCCCAUCUGAGCUCUUGCUGGACAGACUUCAUCCCAACCCUAUGUACCAGCGCAUGCCACUUCUUCUGAACCCCAAACUCCUCAGCUUGGAGUAUCCAAGAAAUAAUAUUGAAUAUGUAAGAGAUAUUGGAGAAGGAGCGUUUGGAAGAGUCUUUCAAGCAAGAGCUCCUGGCUUAAGACCUUAUGAGCCUUUUACCAUGGUGGCAGUGAAGAUGCUGAAAGAAGAAGCCUCAGCAGACAUGCAGGCAGAUUUCCAGAGGGAAGCAGCCCUCAUGGCAGAGUUUGAUCAUCCAAACAUUGUUAGGCUCCUAGGAGUGUGUGCCAUUGGUAAGCCAAUGUGUUUGCUGUUUGAAUAUAUGGCCUAUGGCGACCUCAAUGAGUACCUCAGAAACAUGUCUCCUCGGACAGUGUGCAACCUCAGCCACAGUAACUUGGCUACUAGGGUCCGGCUGUCAGGACCCCCUCCCCUGUGUUGUGCUGAGCAGCUCUGCAUUGCGAGGCAGGUAGCCGCAGGCAUGGCUUACCUCUCAGAGCGGAAGUUUGUUCACCGGGACUUAGCCACCAGAAACUGUCUAGUGGGUAAUAAUAUGGUGGUGAAGAUCGCUGACUUUGGCCUCUCCAGAAACAUCUACUCAGCAGACUACUACAAAGCCAAUGAAAAUGAUGCUAUCCCCAUCCGCUGGAUGCCCCCAGAGUCCAUUUUCUAUAACCGCUAUACAACAGAAUCUGACGUCUGGGCCUAUGGCGUGGUCCUCUGGGAGAUAUUCUCCUAUGGUCUGCAGCCCUACUAUGGGAUGGCACACGAGGAGGUGAUUUUCUAUGUAAGGGAUGGCAACAUCCUCUCCUGCCCUGAGAACUGCCCGCUCGAGCUUUACAACCUGAUGCGUCUCUGUUGGAGUAAGCUGCCUGCAGACAGGCCCAGUUUCACCAGCAUUCACCGCAUUCUCCAACGCAUGUGCGAGAGGGCAGAGGCAGCAGUGGGGGUCUAAGGUGGGCAGAAUUGGAACAAGACACCUCAUACCUCCCAUCAUCCCUCCUGCCAUUUGGAGAGACUCGAAGCCAGAAGAUUUCCAAGGCCAGGAUAGGGCAGAUUUAUAGCAGACAUGAAAAAAAUGGUUCCUUGAGGCAUUGAAGAGAGGGGCUAAAUGGAACUGUGACAAAAUUCACAUGGUAAAGAGACCACUUGGAAGUACUAGUCUAUUAUAUAGAGGGUACCCUACUUAUUCCUCCCAUCUAGGGAAAACUAGCAUCCAAAUUUUAUCAAAGAUGAUUUUAUCCUCCCAUCUCCGCAAUAAUUAACAGCAACAUCUGUGUUUAGUUUCAUUAUGAAAUGGGGAUUAGUGCUUCAAUGAAAUAAAAUGGCCAAUAAGCUAAAUUCUAAGGGCUGUUUUUAUCUUCCUCUUCUAACUCUUUUAGAUUCUUUAUUUUUUUUUUCCCCUUGAAUGGUAUGCACUCUCUCUUUAUAUCUUUUAUUUUAUAUUCUCUUUUAACCAUUUUCUGUCAUUUAAAAAAUAUAAAUGUGUCUCUAACGUACUUGGACUUUUGAUUUCCUUCUAUAUUAACAUUUCAUUCUUCUUUACUGUUUCCUAUUUUAUUCUUAUCUAAUAACUUCCUUUCCCUUUUCUCAUUAGAGAUUUCUUCUAAUUUUUCUUAGAAAAGUGUCUUCAUAUUCUAAGCUCUUCCCUUUUCUUAGUUUAGUUUAUUUUGUUGUUGGGCUUUUUUUUUUUUUUUUUGCCUCAAACUCUUGGGCCUUCAUUCAGCUUCUCUUUCUCAUGUGCUGGAAUGUUUUCCCUUCCAUGAUUUCUAGUAUAAAACUAUAUGUGUGUAUAUGUAUAUGUAUGUAUACAUAGAUAUGUGUGUGCAUAUAAUAUGUACAUAUAUGCCUAUAUAUACAUGUGUGUAUGUGUGAAUAUAUCUGUGAAUAUGUAUACAUACAUACAUAUAUGCAAAUAUAUACUAUAUGUAUAUUUCCUCCUGAAUUGUCCUUUCUCCUUUUUUUCUAGUCCUUUGUAUUCUUUUCAUUUUCUCUUUAGCAUAUAAAGUGAAUUGAGGAAAUUAAAAAGGACUAAGAAAGGGUUAAAAAUUUUAGUAGAUUACUAUGUAAAUAAUCUUCAGGAAUUAAGGUCAAUAGUUACCUUCUGGAUUGGCUUAUGUAUGUACAGAUCUGAGAUGGAGCCUCAGCAGGAACACUGGAGAAGAUAUUUUUUUCAAGACUGCUAAUUUUCUUUUCUUUUUCCUUUUAUAAUCUGAGGGGGAGAAUUGUUCUUCAGUUAUAUUAUCAGAUCUUAGCGAACAUUUCAGAAAUACCUUCCCUAUGGAAAAUCAUAAAGAGGUACAUAUAUGGACUUCAAUUUGUUUCAAAACUGAAUUUUUUUUUAUGUACUCUCUACUCUUUGACCAACUUUGGAAAACACAACUUUAUGUUACCAAUUGGUUGUGAGUUACAAAUCUAUUGGAUAUUAGCAGACAGUAUUGUGCUCUCAAGCAGCUGGGGUCUCAAAAAGAUAGCUGCCUAGAACCACACAUGACAUUCUUAAUUGCAACAAAUAUGAACACCAUGGAUUUAUUCUUGGAGGAGAAUAGAUAGAGCCUUCUAUGAAAACUCAGUUAAAGCAAAGAAGAAGAAUAUCCCAUGUGAAAUGGCAAAGUUGAAUUAAUAUGAAUUAAAAAUUUGAAUUUGAGAAUAUUUUGUAAAAGAAUUACUUUAAAAUAUUUUCAGCAAUUUAAAACUAAUCUAACAAACUUUUAUGAAAUGGAAA